AUGGCGUUGAAUCAGAACCAUACCGAGAACCGCCGCGAGGCCCUCAUCCCUAACGGUGAGGUGAUUUUCGUAACUUCGCACUCCAACAACGAUCCCAUGUUGUCUUUUAUGAUGCCAUUUGAUCUGAUGACGAACCUCACUGUUGAACAACCAGUAUUUGCUGCAAACUUCAUUCAGGGAAGUAUUCGGGCAGCUCCAGAUGGUGGCUGGGAAAGACAAGCUACUUUUAAAUUAGUCUUCAGAAACGGAGGUGCCAUUGAAUUUGCCCACUUGAUGGUGAAAGCUGCCUCUGCUGCUGCCCGAGGAUUUCCACUUACAACCUUAAAUGACUGGUUUAGCUCUACAAGAAUUUAUGUAAUUACUGGAGAAGGGAAUGUAUGCACUCCACAGAUGCCUUGUUCAGUUAUUGUCUAUGGAGCCCCACCUCCAGGAUAUGUAGCCCUGCCUGCAGGAUAUGAAGUCCCACCUGCAGGAUAUGAAACCCCGCCUCCUGGAUACAGAGGCCCUUCUGCAGUAGUAUAUGGAGCCCCACCUCCUGGAUACGGAGCUCCACCUGCAGGAAAUGAAGACCCACGUGUGGGAUACAGAGCCUCACCUGCGGGAUAUGGAUCCACACCUCCUGGAUACGGAGCCGCACCUGCUGGAUCUGGAGCCAGGCCUCACGAAUCUGCAGCAGCCCAAACUCCUGAAAAUGAGGCUUCUCUUCCCUCUCCCUCCUCUUCUCAGGUCCACUCUUAAGCUUCUUAAAUGUAAACGUUGAAGACUCACCAAGCAGAGAGGUACCCUAAAAUUGAAGUCAGGAUAAGGAGGAGGACUCAGGUAUGUGAUGGCAGGCUUCUCGCAGGUAGUCAUUCCACCCUUUGGAAGAGCAAUCUUAUGGGGUAAGGUGAAGCUUUACUUGUGUGCCUAGAUUUUAGAAGCAGAAUCAAGUCUUGAUUAGCUGGCUAAAGUAAGAGUAUCAUUGUAGGGUUAAUUCCCAGUAAUUUGAUUGACAUAGGGUUGCAUUUUUAAACAUACCUUGAAUGUGAGUGUGGAAAAAGUUUCCUGUCUUUAGAAACAUUUACGUAUUAUGCUCCGUUUGCUAGGCACUAAGAUGCGUGCUAAAAACAUCAUGUUGAACACUUAGUUGUUUGAAAAAGCUAAAUUUCCAAUAGUGAAAAAGAAUAUUAUAAAUUAUGGUAUAUCCAUAAAAUGGAGUAUUAUACACCUGUUGAAAACUAUGUCUAGAGGUAGAGAAAGCCUCUUUGAGGAGGCCAAAAACAAAUAAAAACAUGAUAAAUUUUACUAUAUCAAAAUUUAAAACUUCUCUUUGACAAAAGUUAAAAGGUAGGCAACAGACUAGGAGAAAGUGAUUUCCAACAUAUGUAUUUUAAAAAUUGUGGUCAGAAUACAUGAAUCACUUACAAAUCAAUUCUCCCCAAAAUGACAAAAAUUUGAAUUGCUGACCAACCAAGGAAAUAGCAUGGCCAAAAAACCAUUUGAAAAGGUGUUCAGCUUGACUAGUGUUAGGGAAAUGCAACUUGAAAUGAGAAAACAUUUUUAUCUCCAAAGAUAUACAAAUAUUAAAACUCUUGAUGUGGCACUUUCACAUCUUAAUAUCUACCCCUGAGAAAUACUUGCACAUGUGCACAAAGAUGCAUGUCAGAAGAUUUCAUAUUAUUCACUGUUUCUAACAGCACAAAUUAGAAAUAACCUAUAUGUCUAUUAACAGGAAGUGUAUGAAUAGACUAUGGUGUGCCCAUGCUACAUAUGCAGAAAUUUCUAAGACUUGUUGAUAAUCAGAAAAGUUGUAGGAAGCAUAUACUGCAGUGAUUCUCAGCCUCAUCAGACUGAAUGCCCCAUUUUAUAACAAUAUUUAUAUUUUAUACCAAAUGUUUAUACAGAUAUUUGUAUAUUUAUAACAAAUAUUUUGUAAUGUCUCCAUAACUCAAUGAAGUUUGUAGAUAAUUGCAUAUGAUUCCACACCAUUUCAACCAAAAUUAGUAUAAUACCAUAAAUAUGAUAGAGGAAAUAAAA